AUGUCGGACAAGGCGUCGGAACGGCUUCAAGCUCUGGGCAAGCAGCUCGAUGCCCCUCCUCCUGUCAAGAUUGCCGGGCCGUCUGCGGCGCCUCGGGUACCUGGCAAGGUCGUGAUCAUUACAGGCGCAAACUCUCUCAUGGGCAUCGGUCGCGCAUCAGCACAUCAAUUCGCCGAGAACGGCGCCCGCGCCAUUUACAUUUGCGAUUACGCCGACGACAACCUCGCCUCGCACAAGAAGGAGCUCAAUAAGCUGUACCCCAAGGUCGAGGUCCACACCCGCCAGUUCGACGCUGCCGAGGAGAGCGCCGUCAAGGAGGUCGUUUCUCACGCCUUGACGACGUACGGCAGGCUAGACAUCUUCUUCGCUAAUGCCGGUAUUACCGGUCCUCAUAACCUCUUUACCGAUAUCUCGUCGGAUGACUUUAUGCAGAACCUGCGGACGAAUACGUUGAGUGUCUUCCUUGCCGCCAAGCACUCCGCCCCCGCCAUGCGCAAGACCUCGGCAGACAAGCCCACCCCGGGCGGCAGCGUAAUCCUCACCGCCUCCGUAGCCGGCAUCCGCUCCAACGCCGGCACGACGCCGUACUCGGCAGCCAAGGCGGCCGUCAUCUCCGUCGCGCAGACGUGCGCGUACCAGGCGGCCGGCACAAACGUCCGCGUCAACGCCAUCUGCCCGGGCCUCAUCGAGACGGGCAUGACGUCGCAGAUGUGGGACCAGGCGCGCGCCCGCGGCACGACGGGUCGGAUCGGGCAGAUCAACCCGAUGAAGCGCGGCGGGCACGCCGACGAGAUUGCGCGGGUGGCGCUGUUCCUGGGCAGCGACGAGAGCAGCUACGUCAACGGGCAGGCGUGGGCUGUCGAUGGCGGGUUGAGCGCGGGACAUCCGUACGUAGUUGGGAAGCUGGCGUGA